GUCGGUUCAUAUAACACUCGCAUGGAAAACGUAUCUUUGAGUUCGGGCGGUCAACUCGAUUUUAGUUGAGUAGAACCUUGAAAGGCAUUGCAAUCGCACCGCACUCCGUAAACGCGUCCCGUGAAAAAUUAUUGUGCAAGUUUUUCAAAAUAAAUCGUGAAUACGCAGUUUUAGCGUCAGUGUUUUUAAAUUGUGAGAAAUAAAUUAAAUCAGACAAAAUGUUCAGUGGAAUCGCAGACAAGAACCUUGGGGCGUUCCGAAGCAUCGGCGAGAAGACUGCUUCCCUUUUCGACCGUAAGAAAAAGGAUGCCGAGCAAGCUGCCGUCGAGAAGGCACAGGAGGUCGCUCAUGUCGUAGAAGACCAGGUCAAGAAGGCCGGUGAGAUCAUCGGUGGAGCUCAGCAAACCGCUACCAAUGCUGCAGGCACAGCUAACGACGCUAAGCACUCUGCCAUCGAUGCUCUGGACAAGGAGUUGUCGAAGGUCUCCCUGGCCGCUGGUGAAGCGCAGGACGCCGCCAGCAAGGCUCUCGCUGACGGCAAGAAGGUCGUUGACACAACCAAAGACACAUUGGCUACAACAGCAGAGAACACGAAAAAGGCCGCAGAAUCUGCAUACAACACAACUAAAGAUACAGUUUCAAGCACUGUUCAGAAUACUGUAGAUAUAACACAGAGAGUUGCUCAAUCGGCUAUUGAUACCGGGAAAACAUAUGCCACAACCGCUAGAGAUUCAGUGAAUAGCACUGUAGAGAACACAAAACACGCUGCACAAACAGCUGUAGAUACGGCAAAGACUUAUGUAGAUAGCGCCAAAGAUACAGCCCAAAGUACGUUUCAAAUGGCAUACGAUGCAUCUGUUGGUGCUGCCAGCUCAGCUUAUGGCAUGGGCUUAUCCUAUUUAGAGAGCGCCAAAGAUACAGUAGCAAGCACAGUAGAUAGCACAAAGAAAACUGCACAAAGUACAAUUGAGACUGGAAAAACCUACGUCGAUUCAGCCAAAGAUAGUGUAGCGAACACAGUCCACACAACUGUAGAUGCUACUAAGAAUGCUGCUGCAGCUGCUGUUGAGAAGGGCACUACUAUGAUUGGCACUGCCAAAGAAACCGUAGCAAGCACUAUUAGCACCACUGUAGACACAACUAAAAAUGUAGCCGCCGCUGCCGUAGACAAGGGAACCACGCUCAUUGGCACAGCUAAAGAUACGGUGGCCAGCACUGUAGAUACAUCUAAAAACGUUGCAGCUGCUGCAGUAGAUAAGAGUACUUCAUUAUUUGGUACAGCUAAAGAUACCGUAGCAAGCACAGCACAGAACACAGUAGACUCUACUAAGAACGCUGCAGCAUCAGCUGUAGACCAAAGCACAACAUUCAUUGGCGCAGCCAAAGACACAGUAGCAAGCACGGUAAACGCGACAGUAGACACGACUAAAAAUGUAGCGGCAGCCGCUGUGGAGAAAGGCACUGCUGCGUUUGGCACUGCUAAAGACACGGUAGCCAACACAGUUCAAGCCACAGUUGAUACCACUAAAAACGUAGCAGCUGCUGCUGUUGAGAAGGGCACGACUGCAAUUGGCACUGCUAAAGACACAGUAGCAAACACAGUUCAUGCGACAGUUGACACAACUAAGAAUGUAGCCGCAGCCGUUGUUGAGAAAGGCACAACCGCGAUUGGCACCGCUAAAGACACAGUAGCGAACACAGUUCAUGCUACAGUCGACACCACUAAAAAUGUCGCUGCGGCCGCUUUUGAGAAAGGGACUACCGCGAUUGGCACAGCUAAAGACACAGUAGCGAACACCGUUCAUGCAACAGUAGAUACCACUAAAAAUGUAGCCGCAGCCGUUGUUGAAAAAGGCACAACCGCUAUUGGCACCGCUAAAGACACGGUAGCAAGCACAGUACACGCGACAGUAGACACGACUAAAAACGUAGCUGCAGCUGUUGUUGACAAAGGCACAACCGCAAUUGGCACUGCUAAAGACACGGUAGCAAGCACAGUACAUGCGACAGUAGACACGACUAAAAACGUAGCUGCAGCUGUUGUUGAGAAAGGCACAACCGCAAUUGGCACUGCUAAAGGUAUACCAAUUAGCAGAUAUUUUAUGCUAUCAUUUUCUUUAUGUUCGCUUUGUAUUGUAGCUAAUAUAUACACUUGUUUGUUGUCCAUUCAUAUAGACACAGUAGCAAACACAGUUCAUGCGACAGUAGACACCACUAAGAAUGUAGCCGCAGCCGUUGUUGAAAAAGGCACACAUGCAAUUGGCACCGCCAAAGAAACUGUAGCAAAUACUGUACAUUCUACGAUAGACACAACUAAAGAUGUCGCCGCUGCAGCUGUUGAGAAAGGUUCUUCUAUUAUUGGUAGUGCAAGAGACACAGUAGCAAGCACAGUACAUAGUACGGUAGACACGACAAAAAAUGUAGCUGCUUCAGCAGUUGAGAAAGGUUCAUCUUUAAUAGGAACUGCCAAAGAUACCGUAGCUCAUACUCUUGAUACAACGAAACAAGCGGCAGCUUCUGCAGUAGACACAGGAGUUUCAUACGCUGCUAGUGCUAAAGACACGCUAGCAAACACUGUCCAUAGCACUGUAGAUACUACGAAAAGUUUGGCUUCAUCGGCUGUAGAUAAGGGAGCAUCAUUUGUUGGAGGUGCUAAAGACACAGUAGCGCAUACGUUUGACUCUACAAAACAAGCGGCCGCUUCUGCGGUAGACACAGGCGUGUCGUACGCCACCAGUGCUAAAGACACACUUGCCAAUACAGUUCAUAGCACAGUAGAUGUGACGAAAAAUGUUGCUUCAUCAGCAGUAGAUAAAAGCGCGGCUUUUGUAGGCAGUGCUAAAGAUUCGUUGGCAAGCACAGUAGACUCAGCUAAGAAUGUAGCAGCCGGUGCUGUAGACACAGGCGUAUCGUUUCUAGGAAAUGCCAAAGAUACAGUAUCAAGCACUGUACUGAGCACGGUUGACACGACAAAGAACGCAGCAUCUUCAGUUUUUGAUAAAGGAGUGAAUAUGGUUGGAGGUGCCAAAGAGACUGUAGCGCACUCGCUCUUUAACGUAGCUGAGACGGGGGCGGACAAAACUGAGACUGGCUUAGAAUCGGUUGAAGGUUUAAUCCAAAACAACUUCCAAGGGCCCAAAGAUGCGUUCGGAGUUUGUCAAAAGCGCGUUGAAGAUACAACCGAUACGAUCAACACCACGGUGGACGCGACUAAGAAGGCAGCUGAGGAGGCCAAGGUUCAGGCCGCGAAGGCCGCUGAGGACGCCAAGGAAAAGGCUAGACUCGCUGCCAAGGCUGCCGAAGAUGAGGCCAAGCGUGUUGCUAACGCAGCUGUAGAGGAAUCUAAGAAGGCCGCUGAGAAAGCGGCUGCAGAUGCAAGCAAUGCCAUCAACAGCACAGUGGACAACACUCUCAAGAGGGUGGAGAAUGCUGCUGACGAGGGCAUCAAGAACGCCAGCACUGUCGUCGACUCCAAGAUCAAGGACGCUGACAAAUACCUCAACGAGAAGAGGGACAAUCUUCUGACGAACCUGUCGUCCGCUGUCAACGAAGCAUCAACAGGCGCCUCCGGUCUCUUGAGCAAGGGCCUGACCGCCUUCCCCAAGUAGAUGUCCAUCACGCCUGUAUCAUCGCUACCUUCAAGUGUGGAGUGGAAACAUAACAGGAUUCAAUUAUUAUGUAACUUUAAGGCCUAAACUAUCUUGAAUGUCUAUAAAAUAUAUUGUAAGAACAAUACAAAUGAUUAUAAAAAUUGGGUUUUAAAAUAUCUUCUGACUUGGCUGUUUUUUCACUUUAUGGUCAAGAACAGGUUCACAGUUCAUGUUAUACAAGACUUGUUAUUUUUCCUAUCUACACAUUUCGAAUAGUCGUAUCACAUUUUGUUUAUAAACAUGCACAUUGUUCGUAAGUUUUGUUUUAAUUAAUAGUACAAUAUUGUAUAGUUUUUUAGUUAGUAAGUUUUACUAACAUAAAUGUUCAUUGACAUUGUUAAGAACAAAAUAAAAUAUUGUAUUAAUUACCUAACGAUACUUUAACGACUUCGCAUUAUAUUCUUUGCAAAUUUCUUAUUAAAAUUAUGUUAAAAAAUAUGAAUUUGCAUUAUAUAUUUUAUAUUUAAGUCACAAAAUUGCAAUCUCAUGUAUACUCGUCUAUAUUAUUUGUUAAGGUAAUUUUAAGUUAUUGUAAGAUCAUUUUAUACUUUGCAUUUGAAAUGCAUUUCGCAUACCUGUCUCGAAUUUCUAUGCUUGGCUUAAAACCGUCCAUAAUAGCCUUUUACAAAUUAAAAUAAGAAAUAAUUCAUUGUUCCUACAAUAGUACCUACCUUACCAAUACACAGGCACUUUUGCGUACAUUUAAUAUUAAUAGUGAUAACGCUUACGAAGCCUAAAUAUAUUGAUAUGAUAUCUGUUAUUUACACUACUGCUUAGCAGUCUAUUUUAUGAUACGAAUAUACGGAUGUUAAAAUAUAGUAGAUAUUUAUUAUACAAAACAGUCAUAUUUUUGAAAUGGCGCUUAAAAUUGUUGCUUGUACGUGUUUAUCUGUUAAAAUCAAUUUUAAUCAAAUUAUUAUUGUUCAUCGACAUAUUCUUAUUUUCUAUACCUGUUAAAUUAUCAUACUAUGUGUUGUUCAAUAAAUACAUGCGAUCCAUAA